AUGCUUGGUAUUUUUACCGUGAACCGGCUGCAUGCUCUUCUUUCGCUACAAUUCAAACAUCUGAAUUUCUCCAUACAACACAAUCCGGAUGGAGGCCCUCCCGUACUUUUGGCGGAGAUCAAGUUGGAGCAUACGAAGAAAUUCCUCGGAACUUCGCAAGUUAACAAUUUUCCUUUUCCUGAAAUUAUCAACGAUCCGUCGCUUGUCUUCAGUCCUCAUACAUUCAUCUUCGGUAUACUUUUUUGGCUUCAAGCCUUCGAAGUCCCUGCGCUUUCCUCCAUGGAGCGCCUUCGAAAGCUGUUCGUGGAAGGCGGUCGACAACAGAUGGAACUACCCUUGAAACGCGAAGUCGAAAACUAUUAUGUCUUCUGCAAGACAGACGUAGUCAAUGGCCGUGCGGUUCUCCAGUGGAACCAACCGAUGACCGAGAGCGCCAUGUCUGGACGUCUGAGAAAUCUAGGGGAGAUCCACGGCUUCCUUCAGUCAAUGUUCGCCCAUCGUUUUCGCUAUGGAGGGGGGAAGAUGUUAAACGAAAGCAGCGCGGUCAGCGAAGCACAGCAAAAUCUGAUUAUGAAACACGCUGACACUCGGACGUUCUUGAAUCAUUAUCUUCCACGCCACAUCGACACCGAUAUGCAGAGCGUUAUGAACGGCCGCGACUCCAAUAAGUCUCUGAUGCGCGCGAUCACCCGGAUGAGUAGGUGGAUUGACAAAAGACGCCCUCGACAUCUUACUUCGGAGCAGCGAGCGUCCCUUCGCGAACAUCCAGAAUAUGUCGAGGCCACUCGGCGAAUGAGGGAGCAAGCCGAAGAGUGCAAAUGCGACCCCAGUGCAGCGAUGCAAUCGCGAUUAGAGAAAUUGACACGCGAAACCUCCAAUACAUUCGGUCGGUUGGAAAGAGCACUGAGACGAAAGGUCCGCCAUGAGUUCGACCGCAAACAGGCCAUAAUAGACAUUGAGCGACAGCUCUCGGGGGCUGCUGUUGAUGACGAAGAGGCUAAGAAGGUACUUCAAGUAGAAGACCAGAUGCUACCUGAGCAGAUUGAUCUUCUUGAGAAAUUAUUCACGUGGCCUACCUCUCAAUCCCUGGAGGCGGAGUGGCAAAGAAGGAACGCUGCUGUGGCUACGAUCUCCCGAUACUGUUGUUUCCUUGAAGGUGGACCCUUGCGUGGGCGACGUAAACGGGCUGCACCAAGUGAUGGGUUCGAUGAAGAACAGACCAACGUGUUCCCAGAGCCGGCCAAGAAGAGUUGCAGCUCUCCAAAGCCCUCGCAUCAGGAUAUUCUUCUUGUGAAAGCCGAAAAUUACAUCAAAAAGGCAAAGAAGCCUCGGCGAUGUUUUCAAUGUUAUGGUGACACCCAUCUUCCUAUUCAUCGCCGGACGCAGAAGUAUAGCGAAUACAAGUCGACCCUACGCCACUUUCGAGAGAAGCACUUGCAGGAUCGAAGGUGUUAUAUGUGUGACGAGGAUCUGCUACAUGAGAUGCAUCUUCGGAGGCAUGCAGAAGAAAUCCAUCGCCUCAGCACCGAACGGAAUUACUAUGUCAAAGAAGAUACGGGAUCAGACAUCUACACUGAUUAA